AUAACCCAUAUACAACAACCCAUGAGCAAAAAAGCGAAUCCAAGAAGAAAGAGGAUACAGCUCUUUACAAAUUACAACCCCUGAAAAAGGCUCCAAACAAGUACAGUCUGAGACACACCCACCUCCAACCAAAAUGCCCCUUCUACACUUUAUGUAACCAGUAGUCCCAUAGAGUCAUAGAGAAUAGAGCCAUACACCACCUUACAAAGUCCUAUAUCAAAUACCACAACUCACUCCCCUCCUCUCCCCAGUACCCAAAUCCAAACGCAACUCGAAACAAAAAGGGAAAAAAUAAAGCAAAAUAAAAAGCAAAAACUCUGUUGUGUGCGCUUUGGGGAGUGUAAGUGCAAGCUUGUUCGCAACUCUCAAAGCUGAAAAAACUAUUGCUGUAUUCUGCUUAUUACCCACUACCCCAAAAACCAAAACACAUGCUCUCCCAUUUCCCCAACUCUUUUUAUCAUCACCACCACCACCACUUCCAUCUUCUUGUUCUUCCUAAACUCUCAUCCAAUCUUUUUCAACUUGGUCUUCUUCCUCACAGCUCAGAAAGCUUUUCUUGAAUUGGGUAAUACAACAAGUUAGCAAAGAUGAUUAGUUUAUUAGAUUUCUACCAUGUUAUGACUGCAAUGGUACCACUAUACGUGGCCAUGAUCUUAGCCUAUGGUUCAGUGAAAUGGUGGAAGAUCUUCACCCCUGACCAGUGUUCUGGUAUCAACCGGUUUGUGGCUCUCUUCGCAGUCCCUCUCCUUUCAUUCCACUUCAUCUCCUCCAAUGAUCCAUACACCAUGAACUUCAGGUUCAUUGCUGCUGAUACCCUCCAAAAGGUCAUAGUUUUAGCUGUUCUUGCCGUUUGGACUAAGGUGAGCAAGAGGGGUUGUUUGGACUGGACAAUAACUCUAUUCUCACUCUCAACUCUCCCAAACACCUUGGUCAUGGGCAUUCCUUUGCUUAAGGGAAUGUAUGGCGACUUUUCUGGGAGUUUGAUGGUCCAAAUUGUGGUCCUUCAGUGCAUUAUUUGGUACACCUUAAUGCUCUUCUUGUUUGAAUACAGAGGUGCCAGAAUGCUUAUUUCUGAGCAAUUUCCAGACACUGCGGGCUCCAUUGUCUCAAUCCAUGUUGACUCUGACAUCAUGUCAUUAGAUGGGAGGCAGCCACUAGAAACUGAAGCUGAAAUUAAAGAAGAUGGCAAGCUUCAUGUGACUGUGAGAAAAUCCAAUGCUUCAAGAUCAGAUAUUUUCUCUAGGAGGUCGCAAGGAUUGUCAUCAACAACUCCUAGACCCUCCAACUUAACCAAUGCAGAGAUAUACUCCUUGCAAUCUUCAAGGAACCCAACUCCAAGAGGGUCUAGUUUCAAUCACACGGACUUUUAUUCAAUGAUGGCUGGUGCUGGAGCUGGUGGGAGGAACUCAAACUUUGGUGCCUCUGAUGUUUAUGGUCUCUCAGCUUCAAGAGGGCCAACACCAAGGCCUUCCAAUUAUGAAGAAGAUGGUGGAGUCAGUGGCAAGCCCAGGUAUCAUUACCAUGGUGCAGGGCCUGGAGGGGCUGGCCAUUACCCAGCACCAAAUCCAGGAAUGUUUUCACCAACAGGAUCCAAAAAUGUUGCUGCUAAUGCUAAUGCUAAUGUCAAUGCCAAUGUAAAUGUAAAAAAGCCUAAUGGCCAGCCUCAGCAGAAGCCAGCUGAGGAUGGUGGUAGGGACCUUCAUAUGUUUGUUUGGAGUUCAAGUGCUUCUCCUGUUUCAGAUGUCUUUGGAGGACAUGAAUAUGCAAACAACGAUCAGAAAGAAGUCAGAUUGGCCGUUUCUCCAGGAAAAGUGGAAGGUCAAAGAGAGAAUCAAGAGUACUUAGAAAGGGAUGAUUUCAGCUUUGGGAACAGAGGGUUAGAUGGAGAGAUGAACAACCAUGAAGCUGAGAAAGUGGGAGAUGGCAAACCAAAAACCAUGCCUCCAACAAGUGUCAUGACUAGGCUUAUACUCAUCAUGGUUUGGAGAAAGCUAAUUCGAAACCCCAACACCUACUCAAGUUUAAUAGGCCUCACUUGGUCCCUAGUCUCAUUCAGGUGGAACCUUGAAAUGCCUGCCAUCAUAGCAAAGUCCAUUGCCAUACUGUCAGAUGCGGGGCUUGGCAUGGCCAUGUUCAGUCUUGGUCUGUUCAUGGCUUUGCAACCGAGGAUCAUAGCAUGUGGAAAUUCCAUAGCAACUUUUGCUAUGGCCGUGAGAUUCCUUACAGGUCCAGCUGUCAUGGCAGCCGCUUCCAUUGCUGUUGGCCUUAAGGGCGUUCUCUUACACGUUGCCAUUGUCCAGGCAGCUCUCCCACAAGGAAUUGUCCCCUUUGUCUUUGCCAAGGAGUACAAUGUACAUCCUGAUAUUCUCAGCACAGCUGUUAUAUUUGGGAUGCUAGUUGCAUUGCCCAUAACGCUUGUGUACUACAUUUUGUUGGGGAUAUGAAUUUGUGGAAAUCAUCAAAGAAUGUGGCAUUUCAAGCAAAGCUCAAGCCAGGCCAAUAGUGCUUUGAAAAGUCGGA